UGGGAUUACAAGCGUGAGCCGUGGCACCUGGCCUAAAAUCAAGCUUGAAAUCUUACAGCUGAGAUCGAAGGAUGGGAAAAAAACAAAAAAACAAAAAACAAAACCCAUUGUCUUUAAAUGAGAAUCAGAAGUUGUUCUAGAGGAAAGGAUAUAAAUUUGAAAGGGGUUAGACCUAAGAACUCUUCUUUCUAGCUUUAACUCCUGAGACUAUAAAAAACAAACAAAAAUAACAUCUUGGGCAUUAGGACCCUGUGGAAGUGCCUCUGCCUCAUUCAGACUCUGUUAACUUCUCUGGUGACGUAAAGGAGCAGCCCGAGCUCAUUCUCUGCCCACGGCCCCCCUUCAUCUCUCUCCCUCCGGCUUCUUUUCUCCCCCUUUCUGCUCCCCCUCCCUUCUCCCUCUCCCUCCCUUUUCUCCUUCCUCCCUCUCCCCCUGUCCCUCGCUCUCCACCUCCCUCCCCCUCUUUCUUACUCCCUCCUUUUCUCUCUCUCUCUCUCUCUGUCUUACUCACUCAGCUCCCUAACAUUAAAGAGAAAAUGCUGCUAUCCGUGACUUCCAGGCCUGGGAUUUCGACUUUGGGCUACAGUAGAAACAACAAGAAGCCAUAUGUGUCAUUGGCUCAGCAGAUGGCACCACCUAGCCCAAGCAACAGUACCCCUAACAGCAGCAGUGGAAGCAAUGGAAAUGACCAGCUGAGCAAAACCAACCUGUACAUCCGAGGAUUGCAACCAGGCACUACUGACCAAGAUCUUGUCAAGCUGUGUCAGCCAUAUGGCAAGAUUGUUUCCACUAAGGCCAUACUGGACAAGACCACAAACAAAUGCAAAGGCUAUGGCUUUGUAGAUUUUGACAGCCCUUCAGCAGCACAGAAAGCUGUAACAGCACUGAAGGCCAGCGGCGUACAGGCACAGAUGGCAAAGCAACAGGAACAGGACCCCACAAAUUUAUACAUCUCAAACCUCCCACUGUCAAUGGAUGAGCAGGAACUGGAGGGGAUGCUGAAGCCCUUUGGCCAGGUUAUCUCCACCCGUAUCCUUCGAGACACCAGUGGGACCAGCAGAGGGGUUGGCUUUGCAAGGAUGGAGUCCACAGAGAAGUGUGAAGCCAUCAUCACCCACUUUAAUGGAAAAUAUAUUAAGACACCCCCUGGAGUACCAGCCCCACCCGAUCCCUUGCUUUGCAAAUUUGCUGAUGGCGGGCCAAAGAAACGACAGAACCAAGGAAAAUUUGUGCAAAAUGGACGGGCCUGGCCAAGGAAUGGAGACAUGGGUAGCAUGGCCUUGACCUAUGACCCGGCCACAUCUCUUCAGAAUGGGUUUUACCCAGCCCCUUAUAACAUCACCCCCAACAGGAUGCUUGCUCAGUCUGCACUCUCCCCAUACCUUUCCUCUCCCGUGUCUUCGUAUCAGGGUUCAGUUCUGACACCCGGGAUGGACCAUCCUAUUUCUCUCCAGCCAGCCUCCAUGAUGGGACCUCUUACUCAGCAGCUGGGCCACCUCUCCCUCAGCAGCACAGGCACGUAUAUGCCGACGGCUGCAGCUAUGCAAGGAGCUUACGUCUCCCAGUACGCCCCUGUGCCUUCUUCCAGUGUUUCAGUCGAGGAGAGCAGCAGCCAGCAGAACCACGUGGCGAUGGACGCGCCCUCAGAGCAUGGGGUCUAUUCUUUCCAGUUCAACAAGUAACAGUGGGAUUCCCCUCCCCAUCUUUACUGAAUAGAAAUGAAUUCUUGGAGAUACUCAUGCUCCCAGAUUCCAGAGGGUUAACCAGGAAUGCAGACCAUCUGUCGGCCCUGCUAAGGACUAACACUUAGCCAUCGUUUUUCACAGGCCUGGGCCUGGAAAAAGAAAUCUCUACGUUCCUGCCCUCUGCUCUUUCUCCAUUGCUGAUGGAGCCUGGGGGAACCAUCACUUUUUGUGUGUACCACAUUCAAGGAGAUCCAAAACAUUUUUUUCUUUUGCAAGGAAAGUUUUUUGUUUUUAACUGCAAUGUACUGUUCCCUACCCUGAAGAGACACGGUGGUUGGAGCUGCUUCUCGUCUAUAUGAAAAAGCGUUUGAUGUAUUGGAAUUAUUUGGGGAUGCUUUUAAAACAAUUUGUAAUGAUUUCUUUAAAACCCAAAACAAAACAGAAAGUCGUGGUGCUAGAGCACUGAUGUGGGAGCCCUGCUUACCGGGCUUGGUGAUGGGCUUUUUUGAUGUGUGUGUGUAUGUCUUUUUAAAAGUGUGCAGACUUUAAAAUUUUUGUUUUGUAAAACUCUCAGCUCACACACCCCGUCUCCUCUUCACCCAUGUUAUUCCUUCUCUUUUCCAGAUUGUUUUUUCCUCUUUUCUAAACAGCUGAGGCUGCCUACUUUGCCCUUCUACAGCUUUUAAUUUUAUGGAUAUUUAAAAAUGAAAUUUCAUGUGGGAUUUGGGGCGGGGUGGGCAGGCUGGGCAAGGAACAAGGCAGAACACCAAGUGGGCCAUGGAAGCGGCUGUUCUUUCCUCCACGCCGCCACCUCCUGGGAGAAAAAACUAGACUGGCUUCAGAAAGCACAGAUGUGACCCAGGCUUACUAAUGAGGCAAUUCCACAGCCCUGGGAACACACCCUUGAGCCAAAUUUGGUUGAAGACUAGGUCUUCCCUGGCAAGUUCCAGAAGAAUGGACUUACUUUGACCAACUCUUCUCACUGCCAAGGGCAACAGAUUCUGAGGAAAUGUCUUUUCCAGCUACAGCUUUUGGGAGUACCUGCCUUACCUGCCUCCUGUCUGUCCCGGGCUUCACGGCCCUUCUCUUCCCUGUGCACGUUGCCGUGCUUAGAGCCUUUGCAGCUGUGACCUAGUUGAAUCCACAUAGGCUCCUUCCGCACUGUGGAAGACCUGCUGCUUCACCUCAGACCAGGGGUUCUCAACCAGAGGCGGUUUUGUCCCUCAGAGGCCUUUGGCAACAUCUAGACAUUUUUGAUUGCCACGCCUGGAGGCGAGAUGUGUGUGCUGCUGGCAUCUAGUGGCUGGAAACCAGGGUUGCUGCUGACCAUCCCGCACUGCAUAGUACAGUCCCCCCUACCCUCAGCCAGGAAUUAUCUGACUCCAGAGGUCAGUAUUGCCAAGUUUGGGAAACACUGGUAUAGACAGUGUCGUCCCUGCCUCCUGGGUUAGGGUAAAUGCUCACCCAAACCCUGGAUAAACGGUGCCUUUGACACUCAUGCAGCUGUUUAGGAAGGACCAGACUGAGAUCCUAGGAUUCUCCCCAGACUUUGACCUUUGAUACCUCUGCAUAUAGCAAGAGUGAUCCUUGAAAGAGUUGUGGCUCCAUGCUGAGUGCACACACGUGCUCAGAAGGAUUCAGGUGGGCACUCUUCUGGUAUAUGCUGUGCAACGGUGGGAAAGGACAAAGCUCUCUAAACCGUCCAGAGCGACCUGCCCUGCCCUGGUGUGCUUGGACCCCAUGCCCGGGGAACUAGGACAUCAGAAAUAAUUUUCCUUCUUAUGGAAGGACAACAGGGAGCGAGGGUAGAAAAGAGCAAUAAAUUCCAACUCUUUAUGAGGUUAGGAGUCCUUUUAAAAAGCCUAUGUCUUGGUCUUUAAAUGUUCCCUUCUGCAAGAUGUGACUUUAUACACAGGGAGACAGAUUGAAAAAAGCCUCACCCAUCUUCUAGGAAGUAAAACCCUGCUCCUGUCUUCUCCCAGUCACUCCCUUACGCACUGAAAGGAAAAUUCCACUCCCCUGUUCUACAAGGCCAGGUGUCUCUCCACCAAACAAGUCAAACAAAGGCAAAUGAUGAAGGAUAGAGAGACAGGUGUUCAUUAGGUGGGCCAGAGGGAGAGGAAGGGGGUGACAGCAGGAAAGAAGAAACUGUAGUAUCAGUUGUUGCACGUAGAGCUUGGCCCAGCUUUCCCUCCCUUCCCAGCCAACCCAGAAUUGAGAGUCCCAGUGCCCCCUAGUGUCGACUUUCUAUGUACAUCUGGGGGUGAGGGAGUGUGAGGCAAUGGGCAGGAUAUAGAAUGUAAAGGACAGAAUUGCUGUGGUCUUCCUAUUGCUGCUUCCGGCCUCAGGAGGGUGUCAUCCAGUGUAAAACAGCCCCAAGCCCACUACCUUCUACCUUCUAGAGGGCUUUGGCUGGGCAGAUAGCUUUUGUUUUUGAGUCUCCAGCUGUCAGUCAAGAAAAAUAUACCAUAGCUGCUUUCUUGUCAGUGGCCUUUGAGAGAAAAUCUAGAAAUCUGUUCAUUUGAUAGAUGGGGGCAGCUUUGCUAUGUAUGGUAGGAGGUUUAGGAAGGGCCUUUCAUGCAUGGAGACCAUUGUCGAUAGGGCCACUCCCCUCUCCUCUGCCUCACAGAACUCCUGAUUCUGUCUUCUUUCUCUGUAUUUAAAAAAAUGUUUAAAUGGCUCUAAUUUUUUGUUUUAAAUUUUGAAUUUACCUUUUGGACUUCUCAUGUGAAACUACUUGUUAGAUUGUA